GCUCGUAGGCUGAGCGUGUUGGUGUUCGGGGAAUUAUGGGAGCGCUGUAGUAUUUCCUGUUUCCGGUUUCUUGUUGAUACGACUGCAAAGAUGCCUGAGAGGGAGAGUGAGCUGUUCUCCAAUCCUCUGGCUCCUGAUGGCCAUGAGGUGGAAGAUUUGCAUUCAUUCCAGUCAAAACUUACAAAUGAAGACUUCCGUAAACUUCUUAUGACCCCUCGUUCUACUCCAUCUUCAGCGCCCCCAACAAAAUCUCGCCAUCAUGAAAUGCCACGUGAAUAUAAUGAGGAUGAAGAUCCAGCUGCCCGCAGAAGAAAGAAAAAAAGCUACUAUGCAAAGUUGCGACAGCAGGAGAUUGAGCGGGAGAGGGAGCUGGCAGAGAAAUACAGAGACAGAGCCAAGGAACGACGUGAUGGCGUCAAUAAGGACUACGAAGAAACAGAACUUAUCAGCACCACAGCCAACUACCGAGCAGUAGGCCCAACAGCAGAAGCUGACAAAUCCGCAGCAGAAAAGAGGCGCCAGUUGAUCCAGGAGUCCAAGUUCUUGGGUGGUGACAUGGAGCACACUCACUUGGUGAAAGGUCUGGAUUUUGCCCUGCUGCAAAAGGUCCGUGCUGAAAUUACCAACAAGGAAAAAGAGGAGGAGGAUUUGAUGGAAAAGCCUCAAAAAGAAACCAAGAAAGAUGAGGAUCCUGAGCAUAAAAUUGAAUUUAAAACCCGGCUUGGUCGAAACGUGUACCGUAACCUAUUUAAAGGCAAGGCAUAUGAGCGCAAUGAACUCUUUCUGCCAGGUCGGAUGGCAUAUGUUGUUGAUUUAGAUGAUGAGUAUGCAGACACAGAUAUUCCAACCACACUCAUUCGAAGCAAGGCUGACUGUCCAACCAUGGAGGCUCAAACAACUCUCACAACUAAUGACAUUGUCAUCAGCAAAUUGACUCAGAUCUUGUCUUACCUGAGGCAAGGAACUCGUAACAAGAAACUUAAGAAGAAGGACAAAGGCAAACUGGAUGAAAAGAAGCCUCCAGAAGCAGAUUUGAACAUCUUUGAUGAUAUUGGAGACUAUGUUCCAACUGCAGCUAAAGCACCUCGCGAGAAGGAGAGAGAAAAACACAGGGAGAAGGAGCGGGACCGAGACAGAGAACGUCCACGGGAGAGAGAGAGGGAGCGAGAGCAUGACCGAGAUCAUGACCGGGAUCGAGAUCAUGACCGGGAUCGAGAUCAUGACCGGGAUCAUGACCGGGAUCGAGAUCAUGACCGGGAUCAUGACCGAGAUCAUGACCGGGAUCGAGAUCAUGACCGGGAUCAUGACCGGGACCGAGAUCAUGACCGGGAUCGAGAUCAUGAUCGAGACCAUGACCGAGAUCGAGAUCAUGACCAUGACCAUGACCGAGAAAGAGCGAGGGACAAGCCACGGGAUAGAGACAGGGACAGGGAGGAGGAGAAGAGAAAGCACAGCUAUUUUGAGAAACCAAAGGCUGAUGAUGAGGUGGUUAUUGAUCCCGAAACAGGUCCAGCAUCCGCCAAGGACCUGCUGAAAUCGAUCAACGAUAACUUUGCUGGAGCACAAGGAUGGGAUGGAGUGGAAGUAAAGAAACAUGAAGAUAAGAAGCAGGUUGGAGAUUUCUUUGGCAUGUGGAACAGCUAUGCAGAGUGUUAUCCUGGAACCAUGGAUGAUAUGGCAGUUGACAGUGAUGAAGAAGUGGAUUACAGUAAAAUGGACCAGGGUAAUAAGAAGGGUCCUUUGGGACGGUGGGACUUUGAUACACAAGAAGAAUACAGCGACUACAUGAACAACAAAGAGGCUCUUCCCAAAGCUGCAUUUCAGUACGGUAUUAAAAUGUCAGAGGGGCGUAAAACACGACGAUUCAAGGAGACUAAUGAGAAAGCAGAGCUUGACAGACAAUGGAAAAAGAUCAGUGCGAUCAUUGAGAAACGGAAAAAGCUGGAGGCUGAUGGGGUCGAAGUAAAGAGGCCUAAAUACUGAAAAUAUACAUGUACUAUUUGUUUUGUCAUUUUGUUUUUUGCUUUACUUUGUAUUACUCCAUUGUGCACAGCUGACAGGAAACAGUAACUGAACCUGAUUGACCUUAGGAAACAAAACUCCUUUAUAACAUGAAUGCUUCGUUAUGGUUGUUUUAGAAAACAUACGUGGUUGUUUUUUCUUUUUCCCUUCAGAUACUAUGAGGGUUUUUUCAAAGUGGGUUUACAGUGGGUGUCUGCUCUGCAAAUUCCAAGCCUAAAAGUGAGAACUGAGUUGAAUAACUUGAGUUAAACUUCACAGUAUGGGGUUGUUGUAGAAAGCCUAACGAUGUUUGGACAAUAACAUCUUUUUUUGUUCUUAUAGCCUCUUCUCGCAGAUCAAGCCGGUGACCAUAAAAACCCUUGCACUCGGAUGCUUUUCUGCAUCCAACACCAUGAAUAAAGUCUAAAUCAUUUAGGUCAAAAUCUCUAAUACACAGCCUAAAUAGCCAUUUUGAGUAGCUGGGAUGGGAGGUUCAGAAGGCCACGUGUGUGUGUGUACCGCAAACUUUUCAUGAACAACUAGAAAAUGAUUGGUUAAAUAUGUCUACAAAAUGGCAUCUUAUCAGCAAGUAAUUUGUAUAUAUUUGUCUAGUGGGUAAUUUCAUAAAUUUGCAUGUUGCAUAGUAUCAAAAAAUCCUAUACGAGGCCUCAUACUCUGCAGAGUUAUCACAAAUUCUUAUCAAAAUUCCCUGAAUUGUAAAUUGAUUGUAAGUGUCUCUUAUUAGAUUAUGAGCAACUUUGUGUUGUAAUAAAUAUUAAACAGUG